AUGGCUGAAGUGAUCGUUCACGUAUAUGACGUUACAAGCAGUAGUUCCGGCAAUGAAACCCUAAAUUUCGCCCUCGUUCAACUCAACAACGUCUGUAAAGAGGCCAUCCCUAUGGGCGGCGUCUUCCACACCGCCGUUCAGGUUUACGGCGACGAGGAGUGGGGAUAUGGGCAGUGCGAAAAAGGCUCUGGUGUUUACAGUUGUCCCGCCGGUAGAAACCUGAUGUUCACAUACCGUGAACGUGUAGUUCUUGGAAGAACAAAUUGCUCCGCCGCCAAAGUGAGUCAGAUCCUAAAAGAACUUAGCCAGGAGUGGCAGGGAGAUAAGUACCACUGGCUAUCGAAAAACUGUAACGAUUUCAGUAAUGAGUUGUUGAAAAAGCUGGGAGUGCCGAAGCUUCCGGCAUGGGUAAAUAGGUUUGCCGAAGCUGGAGAUUAUUACUUGGAAACAGUAGACAGUCUGCAAAAAACUAGAGAUGGAAUGGUCGAUUAUGGGAAGGAGUUGUAUAAGACUGCAAUCGAUUCUGCUAUUAAGGCUCCAAAAUCUUUUAUUAGUUUAAGCAAAGGUGCUCGACUUCGGACUGAGCAAUUCAAACCAAAGUUCUUUGCUGCUGGGAGAUCAAUUACCGGAUCAAAUCAAGAAGCCAGCCAGAAGUAA